ACGCUGCCGUCGCCGUCCACAUACCAAGUGUCAAGCGGAAGAAAACUAGGAGUAAAACAGCAUUAAUUUUUCCUGCUUUUGGUGGCGAAAAGCCACGGCGAAUCUCGUACAGCCAUACAGUCCAAAUCAGUUUCGAUAAAUUUGGGUUUGCGCUGCAUACACCGCAACUAAUUGCCCUAUAACAGCUUGACCCGAUCGAAAAUGGAUCUGCUCGAGCAGCUACAAAAAGACGGAUGGUAUUUACUUUCAUCCGGAUUGGAACGAUUGCUCGAAGGCACUACAGAAUCUAUAGGGCCUAAGGAAGUCAUUAAGUUGGCUCUCGAUGUUGACUUGCGGGAAAUCGGCGGCGGAGCUUUUGCUUCUCUUUCGAGCCGUAGUACUAAGUCCGAAACAUUCGAUGGUAACGUCGUGGUGCAGAUACUGAAAAUUCGUAAUAUUUCGGCGCCAAAAGCCAAUGAAGAAUCUAAGGUAGCACCACGGCUGCUAAAGUUGAUCUUGACCGACGGACAGACGCAGUAUACCGGCCUAGAGUACCGAACGAUUCUAUCAUUGAGUCUGGAUACGCCGCCAGGAACGAAGAUUUACUUGAAAAAUGGACCCAUAAAAGUUUCACAAGGCUUACUACUGUUGAGCGAUGACAAUGUGAGUGUAUUGGGCGGGAGAGUUCCAGCAUUGGCAGAUAAGUGGGAAAUGAGCCGCACUAUGGCGAAAUAUGCCAAAGGUGGCAGAAUUCAACUGAGUGCAAAUGGACCUCCACCAUGGGUUGGGUUUGGAGAGAAGAUUCAGAAAACUGUUGCUGCCGAAAGAAACUUUAAAAGUUUGAAGGCAAAAGAGAAAGAUGAAUCGAAGGAAAACGCAGAAUUUAAUGCAUUGCGGAAGGAUGCAAUUGCUGAGGCGACAAAAUUAGCAACGCGCAAAACGUUUGGAGGAGGUGCAAAGCAAAUGGUUGAUGCAAAUGUUCAGAAGAUCAUGGAUAAAGGGUUUACGGAGGAUCAAGCAACGCAUGCUCUCAAACUUACUCGCAAUAAUGUGAACCGUGCUUUAGGUAAUCUCCAGAGGAUAGAGGAACGAAAUCAAAAGCAAAAUGAUAUUAAAUCUGGCAAAGUGGAACCUCCGCAAAAAUUGGGCAGACGUGGAGUCGGAAAUAAGCGAGACUCGGAGCCAGAAGGAUCGUCAAAGCCAUCCUCUAAGGUUAGUCUUUUUGAUUUUCUGGAGGAUAUUCUACCGGAAAGUGAUACAAGUAACAAAAAAAGUAGUAGCAAAGAAACAACACCUUCAAACGUGGGGGACAGCAAGCCAACAGCAGAGAAACCUUCAACUAGGCCGAGCGCCAAUCCAGGCAGCCAUUACAACACGUACCCAAGCAAUCGCUCCGCGAAUAGCGCUAGUUCAUCAGCCCAAUACCAAUCCCAUUCGUCCAACGUUCAGUACAAUAAUCCUGGCAAAAACUACAACCAACAGCGAUUUGAAAAUAAUAUUUCCAGUAGUUUUGCCAACAGGAACUCUCACCCCGGUCCCAAUAAUCGAAACUACGGUUCACAUCAGCAACAAUCGCAUCAAUCGAAUACCAAUGCCACCGCUGGGUAUAAACAAUCUAACGACUACAAUAACAGCCGCUAUCGGGGUCCUCCGAAUGCGCCCAGUAACAACAAUCACGCUGGUGACACAUAUCAACAAGGUCGCCAUGAAACGAAAUAUAAUCAGUCAAUGUCUUCCUACAAUCCACACCAAAAUCAGCAACAGCAGCAGUCGCACUAUCGUAAUGAUAGCUAUAAUAACAAUGUAUCCACUGCUAGCCAUGGGUCCAAAUAUCCAGGUAGUGGAAAACAAUCCAAUGCAAGCUAUGGCUAUGGACAAACAGAUAUUAAAGGAUCUCAGAAAUACAGUAACCAAUCCGAUACUAGAAAGCAGUCAAAUGCAUCGGGUCAUUUUCAACCACAACAAUAUCAGUCAACCCAGCAACAGCCAUCGUACAUCGCUGGAGGCCAGAAGCAAGUGCAGGGUUAUAACGCUACAAACAGCGCUGCAGCAAAUCAUCAAAGCUCACAUCACGCUAGUACGAACAGCCAUUAUGGUCAGGCGAGCAGUACGAAUGACACUAGCAGUAACAGUAAUAAUGUAACUAACUUGAAGUCUCAAAAAGGAGGAAUCAGAUACAGCAAGGAUGAUUCGCAAAAACAUCCUGCAACUCCAUCGGGAACGGCAACAGCACAGGGACGAAAACCGCCCCAACCAAAGAUGCACAAUUCGCAACAGUCAAAAUCGACGGAAAAUCUACCGCCAUUUGUGUCUGGCGGCAAGCACGCAAAUACGGCACCUGCGGUCAAUAAUAACAACAAGAUGACCCAGCUAACAGAAGCCACUGCAAACAUGCAAAUCUCUAGUAAGCCGAUUAAUAACAGUAACACUAAUCCGCAUGCCACGAAUCUGCCUAAAGCCCAAGCUAAUAUGAGUGACCCGACACCACCACCGACAGCCCAAGUUCCAGUACCAGCGAAGAAUUUUUUUCAACUGCCAAACGGAUUCAACUACAAUCCGUAUCAAAUUGUUGGUUUCCAAAACAAGCAGACUAAUGAGUUCGCACUUAAUGUGCUAAAAAGUCAACAGUUUGAUGCACUACAAACAACACAUUUGGUAGCAACAGCUCAGCCAGGUGGAGUUAGCAUGCCUCCGACUGCAGCCGUAGUUCCGACUGUAUUACCGACAGGGCAGCCAGUUUCGAGCGUUCCUCCAAUAUCGAGUGGCGUUUUACCUAACUGGAAAAUCGGUGACCGAUGUCUCGCGAAAUAUUGGGAAGAUGGAGUAUUUUAUAAUGCCGAAAUCACUGGAAUUUCUGAAAACACAUUCGUCGUGUGCUUUCUGGAGUAUGGCAACUACGAGGAAGUUCUCAAAACCGAUUGCAUCCAGCUUAGUGGCCCUGGUGUGCCGGGUCCCGCUCCUUCGCCACAUGUACAUCCGCCACCGCCGGCUACUAUUAGCUUUCAGCAUCCAUCAACUGCACCGCAUAUUCCUGCGGGAGUACCUAUGCUGCCACCUCCGCAACCGCCAACUGGUGCCUAUCCAGCUCCCGGAGUGGAUGGGCAAUCCGCGCAGCAUUUUAGUCAUGGAUACAAACCUCACCAAUCAAGUCACUAUACGCAUCAUCAGCAUCCUGUCCAUCAACAGCCACAGUCACAGCAUAGGCCUUCAAAGUUUCGAGAACAACGGCCAAUGUAUGUUCCACCGGCUCAACGGAAGUAACUUUCCUUUACCGUAAAUCGAUCGUCAUAUUAUCCACUUAAGACACAGAAAGACGAAUCAUCGUGUUGUUACAACAGAGAAUCGCUUUUCAUGUAAUUGUUUUUUUUUGUCGCACGAUUUGUUGUGUUCACAAAAAGUGACGUAAGUGAAAAGAAGGGGAUGAAAAGAUGGGAAUAUUUUCGUACUGAUCUUUCUGUUUAUUUAUAUAAAAUUGUUACUGUUUCGAAAAUGUCACUCAGUAAAAAGUUCGACACAUUUUCACAACAUUUUCGGCAUGAUACUAGAUUGUAUUGUAAAUUCCUCGUGAACGUCGAGUGCACAGUUUGUUCUAUAGACGGCAAAGGGUAACGCUUUGUUGGCGGUGGAAUGAAAAUUAGAGUAUAUGGAUCGAAAUGCAUAUAACCAUUUACAGAAUAUGUUGUAUUUAAUACAUGAUAACAUUUUUGAAAAAAGUA